AUGUUCGGAUUUUUCAAAGGUUCCAACAACAAACCGAGUACUCCGAAAAAGCAAACUCCUCCUACUGCUGAAUAUGAACCUCCCUUUUCAAAGAAAGACAAUGAAACCUCAGGAGGACAAGUCUCAUCCGUGGCUCACUUCAAUAACGGCAGCCAUAGUAACAUUCACGGCAGCAACAACUCUAAUGAGCAAAAUGAGGAAUCAUUAUUUGGAGGAAUGAGCGUUCACUCCCAUUCAUACGGAAAUACGUCAACUUAUUCUACUACAUCUAGCGACUCAAAGAAGUCGUCAACAAGCAUCGGAAGUUCUUCUCAAUCUCAUGAAACAUCUAAAUUUCCAUUCAUUAAUAACGACGAAACGACAGAAGAAUCAAAUAAUUUCUCUUCUUCCGCAACAACACCGGUUGCAGAUGAAGACGAUUUCAGCCAACUUCCAACCCAAAUCAAAAUUAAUACAGCGAACAAACAAAAGCCAUCUCGAAGAAGAAAAGAACCUUCAAAUAACAUUGCCAAAAACAAUCCAUCUAAAAAGGUUGAUGACGAUCUAAAGGAAUUGGAAGAAUCUAGAAAAGAGAUGGAAAAUAAUCACUCAAAUGCAAAGAAGCCUGUUGUUGAAAAGUUUACACCUUCUGUGAUUGCCACACCUCUUGCCACUACUCGCGAAACCGUCACAAACAGUGUCCACAAUGAGGACGACGAUUCAACCAUUUCUACGUUUUUGCCCAAGAAUCAAUCAUCAAGUAGUGCCACAAAUGGCAAUUCUUCUGUUACCACCCCAGUGAGCACCAACACUGUAUCAGACGACUUAGAUUUUACUACUGUACAAGUGAAGCCUCGCAACAGGCAUUUAGAUAGAACAAACUCAACAGAAAUUCAUUCACCCUCCCUCAAUGGAUCCAGCAGUCCUUCUGCUAGUAAGAGCUCAUCAACUUCGCACGAAGAGCCACCUCUCAAGAACAGCAGAGAUCAACAAUCAAGUUCACCUUCUUUAAAGAUUCAAGAAAAUAUUAGAGAGGAUGAUGAAAAAGAUGUGGUUGAUGGAGAUUGGUUAAAUAUCAAAUCUACAGUUAAUUCUUCACUAACAAAAUUCAGCAGCAAAAUAUCUUCAAUUUUUGAAGAAGAACGCAAGAAGGUGCAAGAAAAAAAGGAAAAUCAAUUUUCUAUUUUACAACAAAGAAUACAAUCAUUGGAACAACAAUUGGACAAGCUUACUGAGCUGGAAGAUUUUGAAGCUGCAGAUAAAAUUGAGCAAGAACUAUCAGUUCUGAGAAACAAAGUUGAGGAUAUUCAGAUCAAGGAAAAGAACAAUGAUGGGUAUAUCGGAAAUAUAGGUAAAAUACUUGGAGAUAUGAAGAGGGAAAUAUCCAUAGUGUACUCUCGUGUUGAUUUCUCGUUUUCGACAUCUAAAAAAGACUAUGAUGAUUUUGUAAAGAAGAAUAACCCUCUUCGAGAUUUACGACGUGAACGCCUGGAAUCAGAGACAAAUCGUAUCAAAAGAAUGGGAGAAAGCAUUAAUUUGGAAGAGAAGGAAUUCCAAAAGAGAAAGAGUAGGAUCAUAGAACAAAUUGAAUCCUCAACACGAGAUAUGAGAAUUCAACAGGAUGUGCUCACCGAACAAAACAAUGUCAUUGCUAAAGAAAUUGAAGAGUUGGAACGAAAAUUGAGAGAAAAACGUUCUCAACAAAAAUCAAUUUUAGCACAGCUUGACGAAGUAACAGACAAAAUCAAGAAGUACGAGGAAGAAUUUAAUGAUCAGCUAAAACUCAUAUCUAAUGAUGAGCAUCAAUUCCAAAAGAGAAAACAAAACUAUUUAGAGGAUGUAGAGGCUUUCGAAAAACUGUCAGAGAGUCUUAACAAGGACUUGGCUUUAAUCGAGACGAAGGAGACUAAAAAGUAUCAGAGAAUGAUGGAUAAGCGACAAUAUAAAGACUAUUUACAAACGCAGCAAGUCAGAAUUGGCCAAAUUAUAGAGAUUAUUGAAGGCAUCGAAACAUUGGAAGACUUUUCAGCUUCAAAUGAUGAUAGAUCUCUCCUCAUUAAGGAAUUAGGAGCACUUACUCAACAAAUAUCCGCUCUUAAAUCUAAUCUUGCUUCAAUAACUCUAGAAUUAGACAACUCAACUCAACAGUUACAAAGAGCCAAUGACAGACUUCCAAAACUUCAGGCUGACAAAUUGGAAUAUGCAAAGAACCGUAAAUUCAAAGAAGCGGCUCAAUGCAAAGAGGAGAGCGACAAGCUUACCAAGUUAAUACAAGAGCUUGAAACUAACAUUCCAAACCUCAAAAAGGAGCAACAACAAAUAGAAGAAGAAAGGGACAUGCUAAUUCAAAAGCUGGAAGCAUCUCAUAAGAAGCUUGAACAAUUUGACGCUAUUGAUUCUAAACGAGUUAUAAGAGCCUGUUUGAAGAGAAUUAACUUUUUAGAGAGUAGCAAGUCCAAGUUGUUGGAUGUAGAAACUCCAGAUCAACUUCGAUUAAGGUUUGACGUGAUUGAUGAAUUACUCUCAUUGUUAAAUUAUCAAGUCGAGCAAUUACGGGUGAUAAUUGGAUUAUCAGACAGUGAGUUCGAACAAAUUCAACAACUGGCUUUGAAUCCUGCUCUCGAAGCUGCAGAAGAGGAGAGAAUGGCUAUGGCUAUUCAAGACAUUGCCAGCGGAUUGACGGAUGAGGAAAAGUUGGCAAAUGCAAGAGAAACUCUUCGCAUGUUGCAAGAAACUGAAAAUAAGUUAAAUGAUGAUUUAAGUGUAGCUGCAGAAAAAGAAGAGUUUGAUAUGUGCGAGUUAUUAGAUCGACAAAUCGAGGAAACAAGAACAAAGAUCAUAGCUAUCAACCUGGAAAUUAGCACUCUUGAACAAAAAGUAGCACAAAACACACCUCAAGAACCUAGUUUAGAAACGAGCCAAGCACAACAACCCGAAGAAGAGACAUCUAGCGUUCAGGAGUCACAUGAAAAUGAAGGCGCAUCCUCUUUUGAUUUUUUAAAUAAGGACGAGACCGCUCAUCAAAGCAACAUUGAACAAGCUGUUGGUGAUGAAGAAGCAGCAUAUCACGCCCUCAAUGAAGAAACCAAGCAGAGUUCUUUUGAUUUUUUGAACAAGGAAGAUAAUGUGGCUUCGUCUGAGAACGAACAAACAUCAAACACGUUCCAUGAGGAGCAACCACAAAAAGAAGAAAAAUCUUCGUUUGAUUUUAUGGAAGAAGACGAUCAGGACAUGUCACAGAAUGAGGAGUACGACGCAUCACAAGAAUAUCAAAGUGUUGCUGAAGACGGAGAUGGUGAGAAAUCAAGUUUUGACUUUAUCCAAUAA